AAUAGUGUUGUAACACAGUUGCUAUAUUGAUAAUUGCAGUCUUUCAAGUUGUAGAAAGCGCGGGAUGAGCUGCGUAUAUUGUUCGCGCCAUCUUGUAAUCAUAAUCAUUUCCGCCUCGCGCUCAACGUAGUCGUUUCGUAUUUUUCGCGGAGUUUUCCCGUUUGUAAUAAGCCUCUUGUCUAAUAGCUAACAGUAUCGCAUCGAACAAGAAAAGAUUAGCAUUAUGUAUAAUUAGUAUAAGCGAGUGUGAGUAAUUAGAUCGAACUUCGUUUGUUAGAUUGAAGCUUGUAGUUUUGUUACACACCGCGUCUUGUAAUCAUUUCACAUCAUUCAUGAUUUCUGUUUGCUUGUAUGAUUUCCUUUGUGAAAACAUACAAUGUCGAAUCGAAUAAGGGAGACGAUAGACGAGUGCUAUUGAUGUAAGCAAUUUACUUGUGUAAACAUAGCCUCUCUUUCAUUCGCGCAAUGUCACAAUAGUGUUAUUUUGCCCGUUGCUCUGAAAUUGUGUUCUUUAUACGUCGUGUCAUGUAUUGCGUUGUAAUGGCGGUGGGAUUUUAUCGUAUCAGUUUUGUUUGUAUAAAGUAGUUUCCGCGUGUGACAGUGAACAGUGCCGAAUCUAGCAAGGAACGAUGGACAACUAUGUGUGUGUUAAUGUGAUUCCUGUGGACGACAAUGGACAGUGCCGAGUCGAGCAAAGGAUAAUGAACGACUACGAGUAUUAUUAAUAGAGGCGCUUCUGGUAUGAAUCGGCUACGCGGGCGAUUGAGGCGCGGAUCAGUGCUGCGGCUCGUUCCAGCGUCAGCGGCACGACGCCGCCGACCGGGGUGGCACGCGGCGUCAUCCUCUUCGUCGGCGACGGCAUGGGCAUGAGCACUCUCACGGCGGCGAGAAUCCUCUCCGGUCAGCGUCGUGGUAACACGGGCGAGGAAGCGCAGCUUGCGUGGGACGACUUUCCGGCGGUGGCGUUGGCGCGGACGUACAACAUGAACGCCCAAGUUGGCGAAUCGUCGGCAUGCGCGACGGCACUGCUUUGCGGAGUUAAAGCCAAUUACGAGACCGUUGGUCUGGAUUCGUCGGCGCGUUUCGAGGACUGUUCCACCAGUACCAACGCGCACGUUCCUUCCCUUAUUAAAUGGGCCCAGGAUCAAGGCAAAUCGACGGGUCUGGUUACAACCACCAGGGUAACACACGCGACACCGGCGGCUCUUUAUGCACAUGCAGUCAGCCGUUACUGGGAGGACGACGGCAAGGUGCCACCUGCUGCACGUCCCUCUUGCAAAGACAUUGCGCGUCAGCUGCUCGAGGACGAGCCCGGCCGUAACAUCACUGUCGUGCUUGGUGGUGGCAGACGUCAUUUCGUACCAAAGGUGACUGUAGAUCCGGAAGAGCCGGAUAAAGAGGGCAGACGACUGGACGGUCGAAAUCUGAUCGAAGAAUGGUCUAGAAAUCUUCGCCGGAAGAAAAUUCCCGCGAGUUACGUUGCCAACAAGGAGCAGUUUGAAAAUAUAGACCCGGAUAAAGUGAGUCGACUAUUAGGUCUCUUCGCCUAUUCUCACAUGGACUUUGACGUCGACCGGAACACGAACGACACCGGUGAUCCUUCUCUGACCGACAUGACGAUUAAGGCGCUUCGGAUACUAAAUAACAAUCCUAACGGAUACUUCCUCUUCGUGGAAGGUGGAAGAAUCGACCAUGCUCACCAUUACAACAACGCUUAUCGCGCGCUGGAUGAGACGCUAGCGCUGGAGGCAGCCGUCCAGGCAGUUAUGAAGGAGGUCGAUCUCACGGAAACGCUUCUCGUAGUAACGGCGGAUCACUCGCACGUAUUAACCCUCGGCGGACUGGCGACGCAUCGAGGGAAUCCCAUAUUCGGCUCCGACAGCAAGGUGUCGGACGUUGAUGGACAGCCCUAUACAACAUUGCUGUACAGCAACGGCCCGGGUUACACGCAGCCGCGGAAUAUCCUGCGGGAGGCUGGGAAGGAUUCCACUCAGACGGCCGGUGUGCCGAGGGCGUGGGCGACGCACGGGGGCGAGGAUGUGCCGGUGUUCGCCAUCGGGCCCCUUGCGAACGUCCUGUUCUCUGGCAGCAUCGACCAGAGCUACAUACCGCACGCAAUCGCCUACGCCGCCUGCCUGGCCCAUCACGCCAGCCGUUGCUCGCGGGACACGAACAGCACCAGCGCCGGCGACACAAUGAACGCGGCGCCGAUAAGCUGUCCCUCGGCGGAGCCUAACAGCGCGGCGAUAUCCAGCGACGUGAUGAACGACCAGGCGCGAAAUCCACCCACGAAAUCCGUGGCCGGUCCGCGUCGCACGCCCCACGGCGGCCUCGUGCUGCCGCUGCUGCUCCUCGUCCUGCUGAUUCCCCUACGGUGUCCCUGCGAAAGGACGAGUUAAUGCUCCUCUUUUGCGUUCGAGGAGGGAGAGGGAGGGAUUGUCUCUGUGUGACGUCACAGGUACACGACAGUGGAAAAGCCGUCGAAAUACCCGUGUCCUGACGCGGACGUCCUGACGCGUAAUAACGGGCCGAUGGAGUGACCGCAGUGUAAAUUUGACGAAACGAGACGCGGGACGGGACGACGGACGGGUGGAACGCGAGAGUGGUCGUUCCGAACGAGUGGUGUGCUGGUGUGCGUUCUCUCGGUGACCCGUUAAAUGGAUCGUUUGCCCUGCGAUGUCACACGCUGCAGAGAACCGCCGCGAGUGUGUCAGCGCGAGUGGCGACAAGUGCAGCGCGAGUGCCUCUCGAAAAAGGGCGAAUUUCGAGGGCGAUCUAAUGAAAUCGAUUCUCCGCGAGCGUUUCUUCUCGUCGAAGAGAAUGUAUUUCUCGUACGAUGACAAAUCACGAUUUCCGCUGUGCGAUGACUGUCCGCGUGACGGAUCAAAUGAUGUGCGCGCGCGCGCGCGGUCGCAUCGUUCGUUCAUCCUCUUGUGCACUUUCAGUCCCGUGUCUUUAACCUGUUCUCAGGAUGUAGUCGACUGUCUCCACUUCGCGUAAUGGUUUAAUUGGUACGAGUCCUUGUUUGAGGUCGUCUAAAGACUCUGCAAACUUCCCGCUAAUGACUCGAGCUCUUUCAAUAAGGAGAUUACGGACUAAGUUUCUCCGCUUAUUCGUUGUUCAAGAUUUUUAGAAAGCUGCUGAAAAUCGAUCGAUCGAUUACACCGCAACGGCUAUUAGUGUUUGACAAAAAAUAUUUUCACAUCACGGUUUUUUUACCGAUUAAAGGAGAUAAUCCCUGCACAAGAGGAUUAAUCACCGAUCAUCUCGUGCCUCUGAUUGACUUUGCCAAGUAUUUCGGAACUAUCGCUACUUUUUGCAGCAACAAACUCGGGAAUCUUUCGAUUAAAAUUCGGAUUUUGCUAAAGUUUAUUAUUCAAAAUCAAGCGAAUCUCUUUUUUGUUGAAAAAACAGUUGUAUUACGAAAUAUGUGUUUUAAGACUUGAAAUUUUUGUCGGAAUAAACGGCGUGAGAUUUUUA